UCCUGGCGGGGACUGACACGUGAAAGGUGAGGAAGAGGAGGACAACACCUUGGAGGUGCGGGAGUCUAAGGUGAAAGGUAAAAGUGGCAAAUUCUUCACUGUGAAGUUGCCAUCUCCUCUGACACCAGGUGCCAAGAUCCGUUUAUCCAUUGAAACAGUUUUCACGCAUGUUCUGCAGCCGUACCCCACGCACAUCACACAGGCGGAGAAACAGUUUGUGGUCUUUGAAGGGAAUCAUUAUUUCUACUCGCCAUACCCAACCAAGACCCAAACUACACGUGUGAAACUGGCCUCCAGGAAUGUAGAGAGCUACACGAAGCUGGGCAAUCCCACCCGGUCAGAGGACAUGAUUGAAUAUGGGCCCUUCAAGGACAUCCCACCAUACAGCCAGGAUACCCUUAAGGUACACUAUGAAAACAACAGCCCGUUCCUGACCAUCACCAGUAUGAUACGGGUCAUUGAAGUGUCUCACUGGGGAAAUAUUGCUGUAGAAGAGACUGUUGACUUAAAGCACACAGGAGCUGUGCUCAAAGGGCCUUUCUCCAGAUAUGACUAUCAAAGGCAGCCAGACAGUGGAAUAUCAUCUGUCAAAUCUUUUAAGACCAUUCUUCCUGCUGCAGCUCAGGAUGUAUAUUACCGAGAUGAAAUUGGAAACAUCUCUACCAGCCACCUUCUCAUCUUGGAUGACUCUGUGGAGAUGGAGAUUCGCCCUCGCUUCCCACUUUUUGGGGGUUGGAAGACUCAUUACAUCAUUGGCUACAACCUGCCAAGCUACGAAUACCUUUAUAACCUUGGUGACCAAUAUGCCCUGAAGAUGAGGUUCAUUGACCAUGUGUUUGAUGAGCAAGUUGCAGACUCUCUGAUCGUAAAGAUAAUCCUGCCGGAAGGUGCCAAGAAUAUUCACGUGGACAGCCCAUAUGAAAUCAACCGAGCCACUGAUGAGCUCCACUACACCUAUUUGGACACAUUUGGACGCCCGGUUAUUGUGGCACACAAGAACAACCUUGUAGAGCAGCACAUCCAGGACAUUGUGGUGCACUACACCUUCAACAAGAUCCUGAUGCUGCAGGAACCACUGUUGGUGGUUGGAGCCUUUUACAUCUUAUUCUUCACAGUGAUCUUCUAUGUGAGGCUUGACUUCUCCAUUACCAAGGAUCCAGCUGCUGAAGCUAGGAUGAAGGUGGCCUGCAUAACCGAGCAAGUUCUCACCUUGGUGAACAAGAGACUGGGGCUGUACCGCCAUUUUGAUGAAGCGGUGAAUAAGUACAAACAGUCACGAGACAUCUCCACUCUGAACAGUGGCAAGAAGACCUUGGAGACAGAGCACAAGGCCCUUACCAAUGAAGUAUCCUCUCUGCAGUCCAAGCUAAAGACAGAAGGCUCUGAUUUGUGUGAUAAGGUCAGUGAAAUUCAGAAGCUUGACAGCCACGUGAAAGAGCUGGUUCUGAAAUCAUCUGUUGAGGCAGAGCGGUUGGUGGCCGGCAAGCUUAAGAAGGAUACGUACAUUGAGAAUGAGAAGCUGCAUUCCAACAAGCGCCAGGAGCUGGUCACCAAAAUUGACAACAUCCUUGAUGCACUAUAACUUUAGAGCUAAAGUGGUGGGAGGGGGGGAGAAGAAUGAGUUGAGAUUAGAGGCCGUUGAAGGGACAUGCUCUGAGCCAAACCAGUGAUGCUCUUUGGGGAGCAAAAUCGGGGGAGAAAAUUUGAAAUGGAAAUGCCUGCAAAUAAUUUUUUUGGCUUAGUCUUUUUAAGGGCUUCUUUGCCUAGCAGCAUCUGCUGUAGAAGGGACCAUAGUAUAACAAGAUUUGGAUUUGGUUGUAACAGGGUUCUUUCCACACAGGUAAGGCAAGACUAGGUUAUAAAACAGGUAUUUUGUUAUCUGCAAGGGCCCUUACUAUCCAGGUACAACUAGCCAGACAGCCUGGGUGUGGAUGUGCUCCUGGCAAAUCUGUAUAUUGGGGGGCAGAGAGAAUAAAGGCAUCUUUUGUUCAUGUGAAGGCUUUAAAAUAAUCCAUUUCCCCCUUGAAUUUAUACUUCUAUUUUUGGGAACAAGGCAAAGGAGUUUUGUACUUUUUUUUUUUUUGGUCACAAAGUGAAGUUUUUCGAGCUGGUAAUGUUCUGAGCCUGUUUAAAAUAAAACAGUGACUGGAGCCCAGUACACCUGAGAGGGUUGCGUCCCCUGAACGCCUGUGCUUGUUCUUGAGUUAUGUUUUUUUAAAUGUGUGAGGAAAACCUUAUGGAAAUAAACAAGAGAUGAUGGAUGUGCAA